CGCUCUCGAGUUGGUGAGAGGACAGUUCAGAUGGUUAGUAUUAUCUGACCUGUUUGGAUUGUAUGUGAUACAAAGGCUUUUCACCGUACCACAGUACACGUGACAACAAUACACAUAGACUAGCUCCUGGAGGCUGCAGACACUGACUCGGCAAGUUGUCGGGCUCCGUGACAAGUCAUCACGUGUACAGAUCAUCGCAGGGGGUGGGUUCAGUGUGUGUCCCUGCCAACACUCCCAGCCAGAAGGAAAUCAUUUCGCAAUGAGGAACCUGUGAGCAGAGCUCUUGCUUUGGGCUGGGGCCAUGGGGCUUGGAGUGCGAUGUACAACCCCUCUCUCCCUGUUACUCCUGGUCAUGGAUCUCCGCACAGCAGGGUUAGUUGCUGCCACGUGUGUCGUGGCCGUCCAACAGAAGCCUCUAGUGGUCGAGCAGCUGGCCAGCAACGUGACCAUCACCUGUAACUUCACCGCCCGCCACUGCUCGGGCCAGCCGCAGGUCACCUGGUACAGUAUCCACGGCGACAGGUCCCGGAAGCUGUGUGUGGGAGAGUGCCCGGACGAGGUGGACGGCGGCAGGUUCCAGCUGCAAGCGCCUGUCGGGAAGGGGACGGCCAAUCUGCGCAUCGGGCAGGUAACCGGGGAGGACAGCGGGGUCUACAUCUGCACCGUGGCCUACAACCACACCUCUGCUCUCACUGCCCGGCAAGCCGGCAACGGCACCACCCUCAAAGUCACAGAUCACGGGGGGAUCGAUCUGUGGCUCCAGUCAAUCCUGAUCGCCGUCCUCUCUAUCUACGCUCUAUGCAUCACCAUCAACCUCCUGCAAACCCUCAAACCCAGCAGGAAGGUCGACCUCCAGCACAGGAGUUCCAGCAGCCUUGUUGAGGAGUCGGGGAGCCUUGCGCUCCAGGCAAUCGCCCACGAGCUCCACAGCAAGUUCCGGAAGGGGAGUCACUCUUCGCUCUCGCCACCGCAGCAACACACGGCUGGUCCCGUUGACGAGUCCAUCUAUCAGAACGUGUGAAGCUCUGCUCAGUGAGCAGCAGGAGAUGGAGGGACUGGUCUAGAAAUGGUCCAUCAGCCUUCAGCAGCAUUCACCACAUCCCCUGCAUGUUGAGGUCCAUCACUGAUUCUCCGGCACCCUUGGUUCCAGAGCCUUGCUGGAUUCUCCGUUUUGCCAGAGAAACAGAGGUCGCGGCCUCCGCGAGGAGUCCAACGAUACCAGAAGGAUCCACCUAAGCUG